CGAAAACCCUUAGCGAGCAGUGGUUGGUACGAGAGGCUGUGUUUGGGGUUUCUGAAGUAAAGCACUCGAAGGAGAAGAAGUGAAAGAAAAAAAAGGCAGCAGCGGCGGUGUGCGGUGGGAGCCAUGGCGGCGCCCGAAUCCCCUCUCUGUUACGUCGGUGUCGCCAGGCAAUCCGCUGCUUUUCGCCUUAUGAAGCAAAUGGGUUGGGAAGAAGGAGAAGGUCUCGGAAAAGAGAAGCAGGGGAUCAAAGGACACGUUCGAGUCCAAAACAAACAAGACACUACUGGUAUUGGCCUUGAGAAGCCAAACCAUUGGGCCUUCGACACCACUCAAUUUGAUAAUAUACUCAAGAGAUUGAAAGUUCAAGCGCCGCAAUCACACGACACAGACACUGAGGAAAACGCACCUAAGGUGGAAACCAAGGCUAAUGUUCCUGUUGAUAAUAAUGAUUCUGUGUCCAAAACUACAAGGCCUCAGGGAAGAUACAAGAGAAGAGAGAGGGGAAAGCUUGUCUCGCAAUAUUCCUUGAAGGAUCUCGAAGGAAUUCUUGUAAGUUCCAAUUCUCAAUGCUGGAUACACCUCCAUUUACUCACAUUUUUACAACCUGAGUGGUGAUGCUAACAUGCUGUUUUACCGCAAUGUGGUGUUGUAGUGUUUUGCGUUUUAUUUUUAUGUAGAGGCUGAUAUAGUUAAAUAAACGAGAUGCGUAUUAUUUACAUUUGAAAUCGGGUGCGUGACACAACUCCAGUUGCUGAAUUGAACGAAUCACUAU